UCUAUGUUGCAUUACAGCCAUGGACAUUUGUACAACGCUUUCUUCACACAGAUACUGUUAAACACUUGCUCAAUUGAAUUGCGUUUAAUUGACUCCUUGACCAAAAAAGGAAGUAAAUAUGAGUGGGGAAAGCUGACCUCUAAGCAGCUGGUGACCUGGCCUGUACCUAGGCAAAAGUGGAGAGGACUUUGAAUCUUUCUAAAGGCAUCACCCAACCAAACCGAGUGCUUCAUUCUCCCAAGGUGGGAAAACAAGUUGCCUACUGAAGAGAACUGGAAACAGGAGCAAGACAGACCUUAGCUGCUGGCCAGGCAAAGAAUUCAAUGACUUCAGUAAACCCCACGGACAAUCCUAUGUUUGCGGCGCCGCCACACAAUACAUAUCCUGUGAUGCCAGGGGGCAUGGCUCAGGUGCCCUUGUAUCCAAGAAGCCAGGCCCAAGUCCAGCUGAUUCCUGUGAACCCACCUGGUUUGAUGCCGUCUAUGAUUGGGCAACCUGCACAGAAAGCCUUGAAAGAGGGCAAAACCUUAGGGGCUAUCCAGAUCAUAAUCGGCCUGAUACACAUUGGCUUUGGCUCCAUCAUGCCGAUUCUCAUCCCAGGGUACUAUGUGUCCAUCUCUUUCUUUGGAGGCUUUGUCUACUGGGGAGGCAUCUGGUUCAUCGUUUCUGGAUCCCUCUCCGUGGCAGCAGAAAAGUAUCCAAGAAGUCUUUGCCUGGUGAAUGUCGACUUGGGCUUCAACAUCACCAGUGCUGUCUUCUCUGUGAUUGGAAUCAUGCUCUACAUCACAGAUUUAAGUAUCAACAUCAUCUGUCUCUACAGUGCCUACUGUAUUCAUAGUUACUGGAUUUUUAGCCCUGGAUUGGCACAUUCCAGCCUGCUGCUCAUCUUCUGUAUCCUGGAGUUCUGUGUUGUGUGUGCAUCUUGCCACUUUGCCUGCCAACUGGCCUGCUACCAACGGAAUAACACGGGCAUGGUCUUCCCAAAUGCCUACGUGGCAAACCCAGCAGUCAUCCCAGGACCAGCGAACACACCAAUGACUCAUUCCAAUGAGGCCCAGGGCUCCACAUGAGCAAAGCCAAUGGUUCUGGAAGCAUCUUUCAGUGAGACCAAAAGAAGACCUCCCCUUUUGGGGCUUCUGAAACCCAGAUUCUUCCUUCCCUGACAACCUAAACAAAUGUUUCUUCCAACUGCAUGUAUCCUGGACUUCAUUCAGUUCAGCCUGGAAAAUCAUUUACUAGAACUGAAUGGGCCUUAGAAAAACAAUAAAAAUGUAAUAUGGGGCAUAUAAUAUUCUUCACCUAUUUGUUGUGUAGUCUGAAAUGUUAGUACAUUGGGCUUCACAAAUAGGAGAGCCCGUCCUGUCUGAUACAUUCCUGGGCGGCUGGAUGCUGGAUGCUGGAUGGGGAGAGCAAGUCUGGCCCUCUCUCCACCUUCUUCAUUAUCUUUCACUGCCCCAUCUGAUUCCAUACCUUCUCACUUUACAGAAGUCUGAUCCUCAAAUUCAGUCCUCCACUCUGUUCUCAGAGCCUCCUUCCUGACUUGCUUAACCUGCGAGUUAACUCAAACACUCCUGAUGUGUCUCACCUCCUACUCUGUGGGUCAUCCCAGAGAAAGCAUCUUCUAACACACCUGUUACUUCUCUGGACAGAUGGGGCUUUCCACCUGCCACCUGCCAUCUGCCCUGCUGAAAUCACCACGGGCUUGUAGGAAGAGUCCCUUUCCUAUCCUACCACCUACCCUGUUAGUCCUGUGUGCUAGGCCCCUGAUGACAGAGGAGCCCUUCAGCAACCUGCAGUGACAGCUCACUGCCUCCUGUGGGCAAUAAAAUGGGCUUUUCCACAAGCUUCCAUCCGCAUACCUCCACUGGCUCCCAUGCUUUCCAGAGCAAUGGAGCAUAACAACUA